UUUGUUUUGUGGAAGUGAGAUGAUUUUUAGAAGUCUUAGUGGUCCUCCUCUUUAGCAGAACAUUUCUAAAGAAAAAUACAAGAAGAUUUAGAAAUCAUUAGAACUUUGGACUGGACAAACUCAGAAUGGUCCCACAUGGAAACUCUGGAUCUGCUGACUGUAGAAGAUGUUUCACCCUCUUGAGUCCCUCCACUAUGGCUGUGGUCUCCAUCCUUGGUGCCUGUUUGAUCACCAGUUCUCUCGGAGGAGAAGAGAAGGAGCUGAGGCUCAAGGAUGGUGAAGACAAGUGCACCGGGAGAUUGGAGGUGAAAGUCCAGGAGGAAUGGGGAACUGUGUGCAAUAAUGGCUGGGGCAUGGAUGAGGUCUCUGUGAUUUGCAGGCAGCUGGGAUGUCCCACUGCUGUCAAAGCCACUGGAUGGACUAAUUCCUGGGUGGGCUCUGGACGCAUCUGGAUGGAUCAUGUCUCUUGUCGAGGGAAUGAGUCUGCUCUCUGGGACUGCAAACAUGAUGGAUGGGGAAAGCAUAACUGCACUCAUCAGCAGGAUGUUGUAGUAACCUGCUCAGAUGGAUCCAAUUUGGAGAUGAGGCUGGUGAAUGGAGGAAACCGGUGUUCUGGAAGAAUAGAGGUCAAGUUCGAAGGACAGUGGGGAACAGUGUGUGAUGAUAACUUCAACAUAGAUCAUGCGUCUGUGGCUUGUAAACAGCUCGAAUGUGGAAGUGCUCUCAGUUUCUCUGGUUCAGCUAAUUUUGGAGAAGGUUCUGGACCAAUCUGGUUUGAUGAUCUUAUAUGCAGUGGAAAUGAGUCAGCUCUCUGGAACUGCAAACACGAAGGAUGGGGAAAGCAUAACUGUGAUCACUCUGAGGACGUUGGAGUGAUUUGCAUGGAUGGAGCAGAUCUCAGCCUGAGACUGGUAGAUGGAGUCACUGAAUGUUCAGGAAGAUUAGAAGUAAAAUUCCAAGGGGAAUGGGGGACAGUGUGUGAUGAUGGCUGGGAUAGUCAUGAUGCCGCUGUCGUAUGUAAGCAACUGGGAUGCCCAACUGCCAUCACCGCCACUGGUCGAGUUAACACCAGUGAGGGAACGGGACACAUUUGGCUUGACAGUGUUUCCUGCCAUGGACACGAAUCUGCUCUCUGGCAGUGUAGACACCACGAAUGGGGAAAGCAUUAUUGCAAUCAUAAUGAAGAUGCUGGUGUGACAUGUUCUGAUGGAUCUGAUCUGGAGCUGAGACUUGUUGGUGGAGGCAGCCGCUGUGCCGGGACAGUGGAGGUGGAAAUUCAGAAGCUUCUAGGGAAAGUAUGUGACAGAGGCUGGGGACUGAAAGAAGCCGAUGUGGUUUGCAGGCAUUUGGGAUGUGGAUCUGCUCUCAAAACGACCUAUCAGAGUUAUUCCAAAGUUAAGGCAACAGAUACUUGGCUAUUUUUAAGCAGCUGUGUUGGAAAUGAAUCUUCUCUUUGGGACUGCCAGAACUGGCAGUGGGGCGGCCUUAGCUGUGAUCACUAUGAAGAAGCUAAAGUUACCUGCUCAGCCCACAGGGAACCCAGACUGGUUGGAGGAGAAGUUCCCUGCUCCGGGCGUGUGGAAGUGAAACAUGGUGACAGGUGGGGCACCGUCUGCGACUCUGACUUCUCUCUGGAAGCUGCCAGUGUGCUGUGCAGAGAGUUACAGUGCGGCACAGUCAUCUCCAUCCUAGGGGGAGCUCAUUUUGGAGAAGGAAAUGGACAGAUCUGGGCUGAAGAAUUCCAGUGUGAGGGCCAGGAGUCCCACGUUUCGCUCUGCCCAGUAGCCUCCCGGCCAGAUGGGACUUGUAGCCACAGCAGGGAUGUUGGAGUCGUCUGCUCAAGUGAGACCCAGAGAACAUGUUGCAGUUGUUCCUGUGCUGUGAGGAGGGCAGGGUUAGGUAAUUGCAGACAUCUUUUUAAAAGCCCUAUUCUCCUUCCAGGAUACACAGAAGUCCGCUUGGUGAAUGGCAAGUCCCAAUGUGAGGGAAGAGUGGAACUCAAGAUACUUGGAAACUGGGGAUCCCUCUGCAACUCUCACUGGGACAUGGAAGAUGCCCAUGUUUUGUGCCAGCAGCUCAAAUGUGGAGUUGCCCUUUCUACCCCGGGAGGAGCGCAUUUUGGGAAAGGAAGUGGUCAGAUCUGGAGGCACAUGUUUCACUGCAUGGGGACUGAGCAGCACAUGGGAGAUUGUCCUGUCACUGCUCUGGGUGCGUCGCUGUGUUCUGUUGGGCAAGUGGCCUCUGUAAUCUGCUCAGGAAAUCAGAGUCAGACCCUAUCCCUGUGCAACUCCUCAUCUCCGGACACAACGAGAUCUAUCACUCCAGAAGGAAGUGGUGUCACUUGCAUAGGGAGUGGUCAGCUUCGCCUGGUAAACGGAGGUGGUCGCUGUGCUGGGAGAAUAGAGGUCUACCAUGAGGGCUCCUGGGGCACCAUCUGUGAUGACAGCUGGGACCUGAGUGAUGCCCACGUGGUGUGCAGACAGCUGGGCUGCGGAAUGGCCAUUAAUGCUACUGGCUCUGCCCAUUUUGGGGAAGGAGCAGGGCCCAUCUGGCUGGAUGAGAUGGACUGCAACGGAAAAGAAUCUCGCAUUUGGCAAUGCCGAUCACAUGGCUGGGGACGGCACAACUGCAGGCAUAAGGAGGAUGCAGGAGUCAUCUGCUCGGAGUUCAUGUCUCUGCGACUGAUCGAUGAAACCAACAGACACAGCUGUGCAGGGCGUCUGGAAGUUUUUUAUAAUGGAGCUUGGGGCAGCGUUGGUAAGAGCGGGAUGUCUGCAACCACCAUGGAGGUGGUAUGCAGGCAGCUGGGCUGCGCGGACAGAGGAGACAUCAUUCCCUCAUCUUUAGACAAGCCAACAUCCAGGCACAUGUGGGUGGACAAUGUCCAAUGUCCGAAAGGACCGGACACGCUAUGGCAGUGCCCAUCUGCUCCAUGGAAACAGAGAGUGGCCAGACCUUCAGAGGAGACCUGGAUCACAUGUGCCGACAAGAUAAGACUUCAAGAAGGAAACUCUAAUUGUUCUGGACGUGUAGAGCUCUGGCACGGAGGUUCCUGGGGAACAGUGUGUGACGACUCCUGGGACCUUGAAGACGCGCAGGUGGUGUGUCGACAGCUGGGCUGUGGCCCAGCCUUAGAGGCACUAAAAGAAGCAGCGUUCGGUCAGGGGACUGGGCCCAUCUGGCUCAACGAAUUGGCAUGCAAAGGAAAUGAAUCUUCCUUGUGGGAUUGUCCUGCUAGACCCUGGGGGCACAGUGACUGUGGGCACAAGGAAGAUGCUGCUGUGAGGUGCUCAGAAAUUGCCAUGGCCCAAAGAUCAUCAAAUGCUGGAGGUCGCUCAUCUGUUGUUGCAUUGGGGAUCCUUGGCGUCAUUGUGUUGGCUUUUCUUGUUGCUCUCCUCUUGUGGAUUCAGAGGCGAAGACAGCAACAGCUGCUUACAGGACCUCUGUUGUCAGUUUCCUUGAGAGGAGAGAAUUCAGUUCACCAAGUUCAAUACCGGGAGAUGAAUUCUUGCCUGAAAGCAGAUGAUCUGGACGUGCUGACUUCCUCAGAAAAUCCCAAUGAGUCAGAUGAUUUUAGUGAUGCUGAGCUAAUUUCUGUGUCUAAAUCUCUUCCUGUUUCCGGAUGAAAAAGAAGACCAUUCUGAGGUACACUGAAAAGAAAAAUGGGAAUUAAACUCAAGAAGUUCAGCCUUGAAGACCCCAUGAUGAAGACCUGAACAAUGGAAUGGAGCAAGAAUCCACCUGGUUCACUGAGGAUUCCAAUACAUUCUUUGUCUCCUAGUGUCCUGAAGGCUGCUGCUGAAUUUAUAAAAAUUAAAUUGGUGAAUGUGACUAGAAACUGUUUAUAAGACUUUCAAGGGGAUUAAAUAAAAAGGAAUAUUGCUGAUUUGAA